AGGGUGAAUCACUGGAUCUCUCCAGAACUCUGUAAUGCUGUCCUUCAGUUUCCUCUGUGUCUGUGCAGCAGCUCCUCUCAUCUCUCCUUUCUCCUCUCAUCUCCUGAAGAUGAUUAUUAGGACACUUUCUCCAUUCGUUGUCCUCUCCGUUGUCUGCUGUUACGCAGAGGAGAUAAGGAGUAAAAGUAAAGUUUGUGCCAAUGUGUUCUGUGGAGCUGGGAGAGAAUGCGCCGUGACAGAGAAAGGAGCACCAAGCUGUCUGUGUAUUGAGCAAUGUAUACCCCAUAAGCGUCCAGUUUGUGGCAGUAACGGGAAGACGUACCAUAAUCACUGUGAGCUGCAUCGUGAUGCCUGUCUCACCGGACUCAAAGUACAGGUCGCCCAUGAUGGACAUUGUGAAGAGAAAAAAUUGGAAAGAGUCACCAACAGCCCAAUUGUUUGUUACCUUACGGACCGCAAUGAGUUGAGGAGUCGUGUGAUUGAAUGGCUGAGGUCUGAGGUGGAGCCUGACGGCUGGUUUUCUAAAGGAUCCAACUUCUCAGACGUCCUCCUCAAAUACUUCCAGAACUACGAUAAUGGAGAUGCUCAGCUGGAUUCAAGAGAAUUCUUGAAGUUCAUUCAGCAUAAUGAUACAGCGAUAAAUGUCACGUCUCCUUAUGCUGAGGAGGACAACAACCGCCUACUCAGGAGUUUGUGCGUGGAUGCUCUCAUUGAGCUGUCUGAUGAGAACGCCGACUGGAAACUGAGCUUUGAUGAGUUUUUGAACUGCCUCAGGCCUGGGUUUAAUCCUCCAGAGAGGAAGUGUGCCUUAGAGGACGAGACGUACGAGGACGGUGCCGAGACUCAGAUGGAAUGUAACCGCUGUGUUUGUGCCUGCGGGAACUGGGUCUGCACUGCUGUUAUUUGUGACGGUUCAAAUAAGUUACCUGCGCUUGAGGAGAUGGAGGAAAGUGAUCAGGAGAUGACGGAGGAGGAGUGGACCCGGCGAGUGACUGAACUCAGUAAACAUCAGGAAACGAUGGAGAAGAUGAAAAUGGCCACUAAAGAGGUCUGAGCAGUAAUUCAGGAGAAGGGAUUAACUUUUGCCCAGAUUUCAGCAUUAGUCAAACUCUGUUUAUUCAGAAAGUUUCAUUUGUUUAUUGUAUUAAUUAUUGAUCUAUUCAAAGGUUUGUUCUCUUAUAAUCUUUUUUUUAUACUUGUAUUUGACAAUAAAAGAGUCUGUAUGAUGUGUACCUGUAGUGUAAAUCACUGUAAACCUUUUUAAACGUAAUAGUAUUUUUAUACAUCCAGUGGAAUUUAAAUGCUUCUAUAAGGCAGUGUGUUCAUUUUUACUUUAAAGGUAACGGGAUAUGAAAAUAUAUUUUGUAUAAAGACCAUUAACAUCAAUAAUAUUUUUGCACAGUGAAAUAAUGCUAAUUUUAUCACAAUACUGACGAUUGUAAUAUGGCAUAUCUCAUAUACGUUGUAGUAAAACAGUGGGUAUUGGAUAAUGCCAAAAGCAUCCCUAAUAUUUUGUGAUGGCUCUGCAUUAAUAAAAUCAGA